AUGAUAAAAUUAGUGUUUAGAUGUAAAGACAAUCCGGACGAAGUGUUCCGGCGGGUGUCCAAAGAGUACGGCCCGGUAUUCACCCUAUGGUUUGGGACAACACCGCAGAUAUUCGUGACGGACGUCGAGCUGUCCCGCGAGGCUCUCCGCAAAAAUGACUUCGCCGGACGAAGCGAUUCAUAUUUUGGCAAACAGUUGUCAAACGAUGAAUUCAGCGAUAUCAUUUUUGCCGAUUACGGUCAUAAAUGGGAAGCGUUAAGACGUGUGGCCCAUUCAGCCAUUCAGAAAUAUUCGACUAAUGAAAGGCUUAUCUCUGUGGCCACCGAUUCAGUCGAUCGUACGGUUAAAGCCAUGUUAGACAAGGAAAGAGUGGGCAAUGCUUUUGAUCCCCGGAGUUAUAUCUAUUUAAUGUUUCUCAACAUUUUGGCCACCAGUGCUUUCGGACAGAGUUAUGAUAUGGAAGACGAGGAGUUUAAAUACCUUAAAUAUGGUAUGAAAGACCAGGCCAUGGAAGUCGGUGGCCGAAUAUUAUUGUGGGAAUUCUCGCCAAUUAUUAGAUUCAUUGAUAGAAAACGAGUGGCAAAACAAAUGAAGGUUACGAGAGGUGUCAUUGAUUUACUCAGAAAUAAGUUUAUAAAACAUUACGACGACUAUAACGAGUCAAUUGAGAGAGACUUUUGCGAUGCACUCAUCAGUGCUAAGAAUGACGCCCUCAGAGACGGCAAAGAGUCGGCCCCUUAUCUCACGGACGCCAACCUCGGAAUGAGUGUUAUGGACCUGUUUCUCGCCGGAACAGAUACCUCGCAAAUGACUUUCCAAUGGAUAGUACUUCUGAUGACAUACUAUCCGGAAAUGCAGCAGAAGUUGAGACAAGAAAUUGAGUCCCAAAUCGGAGACCGAAUGCCAACACAUGAGGACAGGAAUCGAUGCCAUUAUGUCAUGGCUUUCAUCACUGAGACACUGAGAUUCAGAAAUGUCGCCCCGUUUGGUGUCCCACAUAAAGCUGUGGUCAGGAGUACAAUAGGAAAUUAUACAAUACCUGAAAAUAUGGGAGUUUUCAUAUACCAGGGAAUCAUAUGUCGUAAUGACAAGGAUUGGGAAAAUGCCUAUGAAUUCAAACCCGAGAGAUUUAUUGAUAGUGAGGGACAGUUCAUCACAACCCGUCCCAAAGCAUUGAUACCCUUCGGUGUGGGCCGUCGUGUCUGUCCGGGAGAGAAGUUAGCCAUCGCUGACCUGUUCCUGGUUUUGGUCCGAUUUCUUCAGUCCACACAAGACUAUGAUAUAGUCCUCGACAGUAACGGUGGUAUAGAUGCGGAUCCCAAUAAUGCCAAUGAAUAUGCUCCAAUUGAAUUUAAAGUGAAAUUCAUGAAAAUAUAA